AUGAGAGUAUUUCAUAGACUUUCAACAGCACAUGAUGAUUUAAUACAUGAUGUUAGUUAUGAUUUUUAUGGUAAAAGAUUAGCAACAUGCUCAUCAGAUCAAAAGAUUAAAGUUUGGGAUCAAAAUGACAAUCAAAAAUGGGAAUUAUCAGCAGAAUGGAAAGCACAUUCAGGUUCCGUUUGGAAAUUAGCAUGGGCACAUCCUGAAUAUGGUCAAGUAAUUGCAUCAUGUUCAUUUGAUAGAACAGUUUGUAUUUGGGAAGAAAGUGAAGAUGAAAAAGGUCAAAAAAAAUGGCAAUUGAAAGCCCAUCUUGUUGAUAGUAGAGAUUCAGUUACAGAUAUUAAAUUUGCACCAAAAUCAUUUGGAUUAAGAUUAGCAACAUGUUCAUCAGAUGGAUAUAUUAGAAUCUAUGAAGCUAUGGAUAUAAUGAAUUUAUCACAAUGGACAAUCGUUGAAGAAUUUGAAUCACAAAAAGGUACUAGCAAUUGUAUCUCUUGGAAUCCAAGUUCAUAUGAUAAACCAAUGAUUGCAGUUGGUUCAAAUGAACCAUAUAUAAAGAUUUGGGAGUAUAGUGAAACUGCUAGAAAAUGGCUUCAAAUAGAUACAUUAACUGCAUAUCCAAUUGGUUCAACCAUUUCAAGUAGUAAUUUAAAUAGUGGUGGUGGUAUUGGUGGUGGUAUUGGUAGUGGUAUCGGUGGUGGUAUUGGUGGUGGUAUCGGUGGUGCUGGCGGUAGUAUUGGUGGUGUCAGUGGUGUAAAUAAUAGUAGUAUGGGUAAUUUAGGUAGUGGUAUUGGAAAUAAUAUUAACAAUAGCAAUAUCAAUAAUAUCUCUGUUGGUGUUGGUAGUGGUGUUGGUGGUGGUGUUGGUAGUGGUGUUGGUGGUUCAUUAAAUAAUGGUUUAAAUAGUGCUCAAGGUAAUAGUAUAGGUAAUGGUAACAUUGGUAGUUUAAAUAAUAUCAGUGGCAAUAGUGGUGGUCUCAAUAGCAACAGUUUAAUGAGUGGUGCUAAUAGUAGCAUCAAUGUUUCAAGUGGUAAUAAUAGUAUCUACUCUAAUAAUAAUUUCGAUUCUUCUUCUGAUGGUGGUAGUAGAGCUAUACAUGAUGUUUGUUGGGCCCCAAAUAUGGGAAGAUCUUAUCAUUUAAUUGCAACAGCAUCAAAAGAUCAUAAAGUUAGAAUAUGGAAACUCAGUAGUGAUAAAUCAAAGAUGGAAUUAAAAGAGGUAAUGCGUAAGGAUGAUCAUAAAUCCGAAGUCUGGCGUGUUGAAUGGAAUAUCACUGGUACAAUCUUGGCUUCAUCCGGUGAUGAUGGUAAUGUUUGUCUUUGGAAAUGUAAUAUGAAUGGUGAAUGGAAAUUAUUCUCAUUAAUUAGUGGUGAAGAAAGCACAGAAGAUAAAUAUGACAGAUAA